CAAACGCAUAUUCCACAGGGAGAGAGAGUGAGCAAGACCUGCGAGGAGCGGAACGAACGACGAGAAAAAAGGCGAACGACAAAUGGCACUCAUGGCUGGGAUUUUGUUUACGGCGACCUUUGUGCUGCUUGGGAUUUCUACGUUAGUUUCUUCGGCACGGAUUUACCCUCCAAAUGAAGUGACGUUACUGGACUCCAGAUCCGUAGCGGGGGAGUUGGGUUGGGUCGCCAACCCAACAGAAGGAGGGUGGGAGGAGGUGAGCAUCAUGGAUGAGAAGAACAUUCCCAUCAGGACGUACCAGGUGUGUAACGUCAUGGAACCCAACCAGAACAACUGGCUUAGAACGGACUGGAUCCUCCGAGGUGGCGCCCAGCGUGUCUACAUCGAGAUCAAGUUCACCCUGCGCGACUGUAACAGCCUCCCUGGUGUCAUGGGAACCUGCAAGGAGACCUUCAACCUUUACUACUACGAGUCCAACAACGACAAGGAGCGCUACAUCCGAGAGAACCAGUUUGGCAAGAUUGACACGGUGGCAGCCGACGAGAGCUUCACCCAGGUGGACAUCGGAGAUCGCAUCAUGAAGCUGAACACGGAGGUCAGGGACGUCGGAGCCUUGACCCGGAAGGGUUUCUACCUGGCCUUCCAGGACGUGGGAGCCUGCAUCGCCCUGGUGUCUGUCAGGGUGUUCUAUAAGAAGUGUCCCAUGGCUGUGAGGAACCUGGCCCAGUUCCCUGACACCAUCACCGGGGCCGACACCUCCUCACUGGUGGAAGUCCGAGGAUCCUGCGUGCAUAAUUCUGAGGAGCGUGACGUUCCCAAAAUGUACUGCGGGGCGGACGGAGAGUGGCUGGUGCCUAUCGGGAACUGCCUAUGCAACCCGGGAUUCGAGGAGAGGAACGCUAAAUGCCAGGCCUGUAAGAUUGGCUACUACCGUGCCCUGGCCACAGACGGUGCCUGCUCCAAGUGUCCUCUCCACAGCUACUCUGUCAGAGAGGGAUCUACAUCCUGUGCCUGUGACAAGAGCUACUUCCGCUCUGAGACUGACCCUGCAUCCAUGCCCUGCACUAGACCCCCGACGGCCCCGCUCCACCUCAUCUCCAACGUCAAUGAGACAUCGGUCAACUUGGAGUGGAGCGCUCCUCUCUCCUCUGGCGGACGCCAAGACCUCAGCUACAACGUGGUGUGUAAACGCUGUGGGCCCGAGGGGACACGGUGUCAGCCCUGUGGGAACGGGGUCCACUUCAGCCCCCAGCAGCUGAGCCUCAGGGCCACCAAGGUGUCUAUCAAUGACCUGCAGGCUCACACUAACUACACCUUUGAGAUUUGGGCUGUUAACGGGGUCUCCCAGCAGAGCCCUGGACCUGAGCAGGCCGUGUCGGUGACGGUCACUACCAACCAGGCCGCACCGUCUCCCGUCAACUCGAUCCAGGCCAAGGACAUCACCAGACACACCAUCUCCCUGGCCUGGCAGCAGCCUGAGAAAGCCAACGGGGUCAUCCUGGAGUACGAGGUCAAAUACUACGAGAAGGACCAGAAUGAGAGGAGUUAUCGCAUUAUCAAGACGUCGUCCAGGAACACCGACAUCAAGGGCCUGACCCCUCUGACCUCCUAUGUGUUCCAUGUGCGCGCUCGCACCGCCGCCGGCUACGGAGAGUUCAGCGCUCCUUUCGAGUUCAUGACCAACUCUGUUCCAGCUCCUAUCAUCGGAGAUGGGACUAACUCCACAGUGUUGCUGGUGUCUGUGGUGGGCAGUGUUGUUCUCCUCCUCAUACUCAUCAGUGCCUUCGUCAUCAGCAGGAGAAGGAGUAAGUACAGUAAGGCCAAGCAGGAUGCUGAUGAAGAGAAACACCUUCACCAAGGAGUGAGGAUAUACGUAGACCCCUUCACCUACGAGGACCCCAACCAGGCUGUCCGAGAGUUUGCCAAGGAGAUCGACGCUUCCUGUAUCAAGAUUGAGAAAGUCAUUGGCAUCGGUGAGUUUGGGGAGGUGUGCAGCGGUCGUCUGAAAAUGCCAGGGAAGAGGGAGAUUUGUGUGGCCAUUAAAACCCUGAAGGCGGGAUACACCGACAAGCAGAGGCGGGACUUCCUGUCUGAGGCUAGCAUCAUGGGCCAAUUCGACCAUCCAAACAUCAUUCACCUGGAGGGAGUGGUCACCAAGUGUAAACCAGUGAUGAUUAUCACAGAGUACAUGGAGAAUGGCUCGCUGGAUGCAUUUCUGAGGAAGAAUGACGGGCGUUUCACAGUGAUCCAGCUGGUGGGCAUCUUGCGUGGCAUCGCGUCGGGCAUGAAGUACCUGUCUGACAUGAGCUACGUCCACAGAGACCUGGCCGCACGCAACAUCCUGGUCAACAGCAACCUGGUGUGUAAGGUGUCUGACUUCGGCAUGUCACGAGUCCUGGAGGACGACCCCGAGCCUGCUUACACCACCAGGGGAGGGAAGAUCCCCAUUCGCUGGACAGCCCCAGAGGCCAUCGCCUACAGAAAGUUCACCUCGGCCAGCGACGUGUGGAGCUACGGCAUUGUCAUGUGGGAAGUGAUGUCAUACGGAGAGCGGCCAUAUUGGGACAUGAGUAACCAGGAUGUGAUCAAGGCCAUAGAUGAGGGGUACAGGCUGCCCCCACCUAUGGACUGCCCCGUGGCAUUGCACCAGCUGAUGCUGGACUGCUGGCAGAGGGAGAGGGGCGAUAGGCCCAAGUUUGGCCAGAUCGUCAACAUGCUGGACAAACUGAUCCGGAACCCCAACAGCCUGAAGAGGACUGGAGGAGAGACCACACGACCCAGCACCACCCUCCUGGAGCCGGUCAGCCCGGAGGUGGCCUCGGCACUGGGCUCUGUGGAGGACUGGCUGCAGGCCAUCGGCAUGGAGAGAUACAGUGACAACUUCACCGCAGCAGGAUACACCACCCCAGAGGCUGUGGUUCAUAUGACACAGGAGGACAUGGGCCGAAUUGGAAUCUCCUCAGCUGCACACCAGAAUAAGAUCCUGACCAGUGUCCAGGGAAUGCUCUCCCAAAUGCAACAGAUACAAGGCAGAAUGGUUCCGGUCUGAUCCACAAGAAGGAAAUGACUUCAUUUCUUACGAUAAUAAAAAAUUAAAUAUCAAAAGACAAAUGAACGAUAAAAUUGUUUACCUCAUCCAUGCACUUUAAAUUGGAUUUAAAAGAAGAAGAAGAAAAGUGGGAAAAAAUUGCACUUUUUGUCAGACGUUAGACUCUAUUGAGAACGGGAUAUUUUUCUGUCUGAGCGGCGCUGGGAAUAGGACGGACGGAAAGCUUUUCUGAGAGGCCAACUGGAGUGCCUUCACCGGUCUGGAAGGAAUUCAGAGGGGAUCGCUCCUCUGGGCAGAAGUCAUGUUUCUGGAACGUUCUUUCUGGAAUACCUCCAGAGCAGUAAUUGUGUUAAGUUGUGUAUGUAUGAAUUGUUCUCUGUGACUCGCUGCCAUACCCUCCAUUGUCUUUCUCAGCUGGAUCCGUUCUAACAACAACAUGGAGGAUUCCAACCUCGAGAUAAACACUGAUGUUCUGAAUCUGAGAGGUUAAGGGAGGGAUUCAGGAGGGAGGGGAAGUGGGAUCUGUGUUUUUGCUCUGUUCUGGUCUUGUUUUUCCCAGAUUGGGCUGUUUUGUUGCCCUCAGGACAUUGAGCAUUUUCUCAGAAUGUCUUUGAUCUAAAGAGGUGCAUUGCUACCCCUUGUCCUCCCAAACCAACAUCUCACCCCUCCUAAAACAUUUUAUUUGGAUCAUCUUUCAUCAGCCUCUCUGGAUUACAGCCCGCCCCCCAGGGUCUGAUUAUUGCUUUUUGUUCUUUGACAGACAGCUGUUUGGACCAGUUGGAUUCUUACUGUGUAUUUGUUUCCUGAACGUAAAAAUGAGAGCAAAGGAGUAUGGGAUUUAUUUGAGCACAACUGUGCACAACUGCGGAGAGAUGGAUAUGUAACAAAAAACAAUGACAACGACAUCAAAAUAAACAAGAGAAUGGAUGCUGGACAUUAUUCAAUCAUCAAUCACCACGCUGCCCCCGUCUAUCAUCAACAGGAUUCCUCCCUCUCUCCCCAUGACCAGAAUUCCUCUUCUUCUCCUUGGAGUCUCCUCCAACUCCAAGAUGAGAAAUCCAUCUCUCCAUGUCUGGCACAUCUCGUUGUUCGCCGUCGCUACGUUUUUCAGAACGGACAAACAGACUAGCGCUCCAUGACCACCACCAACAGCUUACAGAAACGAUAGGAAUGAUUCAGCAACACUUAAAAAACAUACAAAUAAUGUAAUAUAAACUAGACCCGCCUCCAGCAGAUGAUGUAGUUGUUUUAUGAAUUUUGAAGUUGAUUCUCCUUUGUGUUUUUGGGUAGCAUGUAAAGUGAGUGUAUGGUAACAGCGACCAUGUGGUAGUGUGAUGAGUGUGCACCAUGUGUGUUUGAGUGAAUGUGUGUGUGUGUGUGUGUGUGUGUGUGUGUGUGUGUGUGUGUGUGUGUGUGUGUGUGUGUAUGACUGUCUAUGAUGUCUUCAAAGUACUAUCGAUAAUUGUCUGUUUUUAUGCCAGAUUUGUUUUUGGAAUUUCAUGAAUUACUUAGUAACUACAAAAACAAUGUAAAGUGUGCCACUACUCGUGCUUUGUCAAUCCUCUUCAGCAACAGCUGUUAAAGAGGUUUGCGGUUUUCAACACACCCUUAACCGCAUUGGCUUUAGUAGUGGGAUCCAGUUGGAUAUAUGGACAAUGGCAUCCUAUACUGACAGAAACACAGAAGGACAGACGGACAGUCAGCGGCAUAGGCUCUCUCAUUAGAAAGUAGAGUGGACUCUCCGAGCUGAAGCAAAGACACUGCGGAACCAUCUUUCUGGAUUUUGAGCAGGGGAUGUUUUAAAAAGACGCACCUACAGUAUAUAGUCAACAAGGACUUGAUGCUGGGAAGGGUGAUAAGAAGGGAUAAUCAUUGGUCUCGUUUCAUUUGUAUUUUUUCAGAUAUGCACCAAAUGACAGUCAGGUUUCAUUCAAUGGACUUCUUUUUUUAUAUACAACUGUUAAUAUCUGAAUGUUUUUCUGAUCAUAUGUGAUGGUUGACAUACUACAGAUUCCAUACCAGUCCAGCUCAAUGCUCCUCCAUACCAGUCCAGCUCAAUGCUCCUCCAUACCAGUCCAGCUCAAUGCUCCUCCAUACCAGUCCAGCUCAAUGCUCCUCCAUACCAGUCCAGCUCAAUGCUCCUCCAUACCAGUCCAGCUCAAUGCUCCUCCAUACCAGUCCAGCUCAAUGCUCCUCCAUACCAGUCCAGCUCAAUGCUCCUCCAUACCAGUCCAGCUCAAUGCUCCUCCAUACCAGUCCAGCUCAAUGCUCCUCCAUACCAGUCCAGCUCAAUGCUCCUCCAUACCAGCCCAGCUCAAUGCUCCUCCAUACCAGUCCAGCUCAAUGCUCCUCCAUACCAGUCCAGCUCAAUGCUCCUCCAUACCAGCCCAGCUCAAUGCUCCUCCAUACCAGUCCAGCUCAAUGCUCCUCCAUACCAGUCCAGCUCAAUGCUCCUCCAUACCAGUCCAGCUCAAUGCUCCUCCAUACCAGUCCAGCUCAAUGCUCCUCCAUACCAGCCCAGCUCAAUGCUCCUCCAUACCAGUCCAGCUCAAUGCUCCUCCAUACCAGUCCAGCUCAAUGCUCCUCCAUACCAGCCCAGCUCAAUGCUCCUCCAUACCAGUCCAGCUCAAUGCUCCUCCAUACCAGUCCAGCUCAAUGCUCCUCCAUACCAGCCCAGCUCAAUGCUCCUCCAUACCAGCCCAGCUCAAUGCUCUUCUCAUUGGUGAAGUUGGGUUUUAAUCCAUCAAGGACCUGUCAUGUGGAAAUAUGCAAGAAGUGUGAGGAAAGGGAAACAGAAUGUACUGUAUAAUACUUUUUCAUUUAGUUACUGAUGAAAAAACCUAACAAAACACAAAUGAAUGUUUGUCAUUGUAUGCCUUCUGAUAUGAUAUGAUCCAGCCAUGCACACUAACACUAUCAAUCUCUUUUUUUAAUGCUUUUUUUCUAUUAUUAUUUUUGUUCAUUCAAUUUUUUUUGGUCAAGGAUUUUAGGUACAUGUAACUUAUGUCAUUAUUUAUGGUAUUUUAUAUCUAGUUUGUAAAAUUAUAGCAAAAGUGAAGAAAAUGAAGGGUUGUCAUAUGGUGCAUUCUUAUUAAAGUAGAAACCAUC